AGAUUACUUAAUAGACUUGGGCACCUAGCACCGAUUUCGUUUUAUUCAGUAUGGUGGGAGUGUUUGAUGAAAGCGUCAUAUCGUAGUCUUAAAAUGUAAUUUCCAAGCACCAAGUUGGACUGACGGCCAGAGCUGUGUAUUCCAAAAAAGUGAUAAAGGGAACUGCGCGUAUAUGAAGGAGUGGCCAUGUGUGAUGUCAUGAAUGGGAUGACGGUCGCCAGUGUUCUGUGGACUGUGGUGAUGGUUAGCGGCUGCAGUGGACAACGCGCGGUGUCCACGUCAGGCUGUCAAGCACAGUUUCCGCCAGGACUGGUGCAAUAAAGGUCCGAAUCCUAGGCCUGGGUGCCCCCUUUCCCGUGGUAACCAUGGCUAUCGGCUGCGGACUGAAGUGCUCCAAGGGCGUUCUCCUUUCUUUCAACAUUGUUUUCUGGGUGUCUGGCUGUAUAAUGCUCGUCGUGGGUAUCUGGAUGAUCUUGGAUCCCAAAAAAACACACCUGUUCAGUCUCACGUCGACAGACGAUGUGGCACCCGAUCUCCUACAGUAUCUGGCCUACGUCUUGGUGGCCAUAGGCUGUCUCAUUGUUCUCGUCGGCUUUUGUGGAUGCUGCGCGUCUCUGUACGAGCGCCGAUUUCUGCUAAUAACGUACUUUGUUUUCCUGUUUAUGUUGCUGUGUGCCGAGUUAUCGAUUGCAGUGACGACUCUCGGAUACCGAGAAGAUUUUCUCACCGGCCUGGAGAACAGACUCCUGAAUCGGUUCAGAGAUGAGUAUGGCAGAGACUCCAAUGAUGUCUUCACUCAGGCCAUAGAUCAAGCACAAUUUACGUUUAACUGCUGUGGUGUCCUGUCAGACACUGAUUACAUAAACACAAAAUGGCGAAAUGAAAGUAUUGGGAUUUCUAAUCGAUCCAGAAUCAACGUGCCUCUCACAUGCUGUGUGCUAGCCAACCCAGAUGUUACCAAUGCUGGAAGUCCAAUUAUUGUAGUAUCAAGAUUUUUCAGCGGAACCGUUGAAGAAUCCUGGCAACAUCCGCAGCCAAUGGAUGAAACUGCAUGCCAAAAUACUGGAGUUGAUAGACACCAUCUAUCAAGACAUAAAAAGGGGUGUUUAGAAGACCUGGAGAAGUGGCUCAAGGAUGACACCGCGGUACUUAUUGGCCUUGGUAUUGGAAUAGCUUUCUUCCAUAUGCUCGGGAUGAUAUUCUCUGUCACUCUUUGUCGAAAUCUGGGCGCUGGAUUGGCACAAGGGCACUGAAGACAUUUGUAAAAAUUACCUUUUUGAAGAACGUCAUCAUCUCUGGCAAAGAGACUGUUAAUAGGAACGCAGUCUGUUUAAAUAACUGCCGGAAUCAUUUUAUAUGUGAGUGGCCAUUUAAUUAUGAACCUAAACUGUAGUGGUGUGACUGAACGAAUAUUUCUGUAUCUGAAAGUAAAUUGGGUACAAAAUAUGUUGUGAUGUGCUCGUUGCCGUAGGAUUCAUUGAUGUUUCAGUCGGCCAGAAUGAGUAUAUACGUGAAACAGGAAAUAAGAAGAAGUGGUAUGUUAAAUGUCACUGUAAGGGAGAUGAAUAAAAGAUCCAAACUGCUGUUCUACUG